AUGGUACGAUUUAUCUGUGGGCAUGACAGGGUGCCAAGAAGGAGUUUGAGGCCAUUGGCUGGAGCAUCAGCUGGUACAAUAUCUGCACCUGCCGACACUCGCACAACACAGCCCCAGAAGCGUUCGCAUGCGCUGCCCUACAGAGUGGGACAUGGGUUUGAUCUGCACCGCCUUGAGGAAGGCCCUUACAAGCUCAUCUUGGGGGGCCUAGAGAUCCCUCAUGAUCGAGGCUGCGUUGCUCACUCGGAUGGUGAUGCUCUACUACACACGGUCACAGACGCAAUCUUGGGUGCUUUAUGCCAGCCAGACAUAGGCCAACUUUUCCCAGACAAUGAUCCUAAGUGGAAGGGACAGACAUCAGACGUUUUUCUUCUGGAAGCAGUCCGCCUGAUGCGUGAAUUUGGCUAUGUUCUGGGCAAUCUGGACGCCACCAUUAUCCUGCAGAGACCAAAGCUGUCACCUCACAAGGAGAAGAUCAGGGCAAAUCUUUGCGAGCUUCUGGGUGCCGAUCCGUCCGUUGUGAAUAUAAAGGCAAAGACACAUGAGAAAGUGGACAGCCUGGGAGAGAACCGUAGUAUUGCAGUUCAUGCUGUAUGCAUGCUGAUUAGGGAGGAUUUAGUAUAG